AUGCCGGUGAAGGCUCUGGUGGCGCGCUUCCUGCGGCGGCACCUGGUGCUGGCCGUGUUCCUCGUGGCGGCCUCCAUCAUCGCCGCUAUUGUGUACGAGGUGACGGGCGGCGGCAAGCCCAAGGCCUGGAGCUACGACGCGCCCGAGCUCAACGCCGUGGACCUGGAGGGCCCCGAUCGGCCGCGCAGCCUCUGGACGGACGACGACUUCGAGUGUCUCGGCUGGCGCGCGACCCACAACUGCGACCCGUACGGGCCCCGGGAUGAGGCGCGCGACCGCGCGUGCGGCGAGCGCAUGCCGCGCUCCAGCGGCUACUGCGAGGUGCGCAACCGCACGAGCGGCGAGGUGCUGCGCGUCAUGCUGGCCACGUGCAAGAGCUGGCAGUGGUAUCUCGUGCCCCAACUGUCGUGCAACGACGCCCGCAACUUCACGGACUUCAGCAUCCUCGCGGCCAGCUACGCGCACCCGCCGCCGGAGCUGCCGCCUCCUGUUCCGACCAAGAACUCGGCCGAGCAGGACGCGCAGCAGGACAAGCGAGGUAUCGUUAUGAUCGCCUACCCCAAGGUGGUAGCGGGGGUCUACGCCAUUGUGAGGACACUCAGGUCGCUGGGUUGUGCUCUGCCCGUGGAGGUGUGGAUCGAUCCGACGGAGAUGAGGGCCAAGCAUUCCGUCUUGGUGGAGCUGGUCAAGUACUAUAACGUGCUGGUGAGGGUGAUCCGCGACCCGAAUGCGUCCAAGUUCCACGGUAAACCGUACGCGAUCUACCACUCAAGGUUCGAGAGCGUGCUGUGGCUGGACUCGGACAACAUCCCCGUGCGUGACCCGACGUAUCUGUUUGAAGCGCCCGAGUUUGUCAAGCAUGGAGCCAUCUUCUGGCCAGACUUCUGGAGACCGGCGAUCGAUACGCCCUUCAAUGUGCAUCAGCAGAGUGCGCUGUGGACGCUACUGGACAUGCCGUUCACGGACAUGUUUGAGCAGGAGAGUGGGCAGUUGCUUGUGAACCGGUCGCGAUCCCAGGCAGCGCUCUCGAAACUCAUGUUCUACUCGUCGCACAUGCCGCGGCUGAUCACGGACUGGCAACUUGUCUGGGGUGACAAGGAUUUGUUCCGCCUGGCGUGGCUGAACACAUCCACACCGUUCUACAUGGUGCAGCAUCUUGUAGCACUCGGCGGACUCUACGACGCGGACGAAGACUUCUUCUGCGGCGUCUCAAUGAUUCAGCGGGAUCCAGUGGGUGACAUCAUAUUCAUGCAUCGGAACCAAGCAAAGCUUACAGGUCGUCGCGACCAGAAGCCGCUUAUGACGCACUUGCAGAAGUUUACGGGCGGUGAUGGCACGGCGGCGUCGCUGGCCCGCGAGUUGGACAAGUACCGGGUGUCGUGCAAGAUGCGCCGCCUAGGCCAGUACACGUGCUUUAUGCUCAACCCGCGCACACCUGACGGCAAUGGCACUCCAUCACUGAUUGUCAGCUUAGAGAGCACGAAGUACUUGCAGAUAGAGCAGCAUGCUAUCGGAUUCUCGAUCGAAGGCCGCGGGCUGUUCAACAAGGAAGAGGAGGCCGAGGUGGCCAAGAUGGAGGCUGACGUGCAGGCGACGCAGGAUGAGGAGACUGCGGCGAUUAUUGCAGCACGCGAACGGUCAGAGAAGCAGACGCGCGGGAUCUUUGGUAUCGUUGUAGUGGUCGCGCUGGGUCUGUGGCUACGGUACCAGUGGAUACGGCGAUGCAGGAAGAGCCGGCCUAAGCUCGAAACUAAAUACUCUUCGGUGGCGUCCGCAGAAGCUUCUUCCUCUCACGUAGCUGUGGUGGUGGACCCUUCUUCGCCAGAGACGUCUCGGCCGUCCACCGCUGUAUUUUCAGGAACGACCUUCAACUCACGGCGACGCAAUUCUUCCUUCCAGAUCGACGAUAAAUGA